CGUUAGUUUUACGUCAUUGGCAUGCGCCCCAUUUUGGACGAAAAGCAAAGACACAAACCAUCGCCGCCACCACCACCUCACAAAAAAACGAUUCAGAGCAAUGAAAUGUAUUUUUAUGUCUUUCUAAUUCUGCUGAGCGUCUCCUUAAAAGCUCGACAAGAAGUGAAAGUGAGCUAACUGCAGUGGAACGCUGACUUUUCCUUCACAUCACAAUCGUCGGACUCAAUACACCAUCAUGACAACUUUAACAAGGCAAGACCUCAAUUUUGGACAAGUGGUUGCUGACAUUUUGUGUGAAUUCCUGGAAGUUGCCAUUCAUCUUAUCCUGUACGUCCGUGAAGUUUAUCCCUCUGGAAUAUUCCAGAAAAGAAAGAAGUACAAUGUCCCAGUCCAGAUGUCAUGCCACCCCGAGUUGAACCAGUACAUCCAAGACACACUUCACUGUGUUAAACCACUCAUUGAGAAGAACGAUGCAGAGAAGGUGAUUGUCGUCAUCAUGGACAAGGAGCAUCAUCCGGUCGAGAGAUUUGUGUUCGAGAUAUCUCAACCACCACUGCUGUCCAUCAGCUCCGACACAUUACUGUCUCAUGUGGAGCAGCUGCUGAGGGCGUUUAUUCUCAAGAUCAGUGUGUGUGACGCUGUUUUGCACAAUAACCCACCAGAUUGUUCAUUCACGGUAUUAGUUCAGACGAGAAAUGCCGCUACACGCAACAUGGAGAAGGUUCAAGUCAUCAAGGAUUUCCCAUGGAUAGUCGCUGAUGAGCAGGAAGUCCACAUGCAAGAGCCAAGACUUAUCCCAUUAAAGACGAUGACCUCCGACAUAGUCAAGAUGCAACUCUAUGUGGAGGAGCGAGCCCAGAAGACGCAUCAUUGAUGAGUGAAACACGAGGCAAAGUGAUGAAUUAGAGAUGGAAGGAAAGUUCCAUUUGGAAGGUAUUUGGGGAAACUCAAAUGUAUUACUCUGGAUACUUUUAAUGAUGAAUUAGUUACAUUACAAAUGCUGCUGAAUGUUUCUUUCUGUAUGUUGUUGUGUGUGUACAUACUGUGUAUACUGUAUGAUGUCAUGAUCAUUUUUAUGAUUGAAAUGUACUUACCAUUAAAAUGAAUUCACUGUGCUACAAAAA